CGGCUUUCUAACGCCAGCGCCGCCUCUCGUUUGCCUAGCUCCAGCCGAAGGAGAAGGGGGGUAAAUAAGGAGGUGCCAUGGCUCAUACAAAGCGGACUACCCGCAAAUCCACCGGUGGUAAAGCAUCCAGUAAACAACUGGCUACAAAAGCCGCUCGCAAGAGUGCGCCCUCUACUGGAGGGGUGAAGAAACCUCAUCGUUACAGGCCUGGUACUGUGGCACUACGUGAAAUCAGGCACUAUCAGAAGUCCACUGAACUUCUGAUUCGCAAGCUCCCCUUUCAGCGUCUGGUGCAAGAAAUUGCUCAGGACUUCAAAACAGAUCUGCACUUCCAGAGUACAGCUAUUGGUGCUUUGCAGGAGGCAAGUGAGGCCUAUCUGGUUGGCCUUUUUGAAGAUACCAACCUGUGUGCUAUCCAUGCCAAAUGUGUAACAAUUAUGCCAAAGAUAUCCAGCUAGCUCACCGCAUACGCAGAGAGCGUGCUUAAGAGUCCACUAUGAGAGGAAACAUUUCAUUCUCAAAAAAAAAAAAUUUUUUUUUCCUCUUCUUCCUGUUAUCAGUAGUUCUGAAUGUUAGAUAUUUUUUCCAUGGGGUCAAAGGUACCUAAGUAUAUGAUUGCGGGUGGAAACAUAGGGUACAGAAUCAGGUAUUGGCAGUUUCUCCACGUUCAUUUGUGUGUGAAUUUUGAAUAUAAAUGCAAGAUGUAAAGCAUUAAUGCAAGCAAAAUGUUUCAGUGAACACAUUUCAACAGUUCAACUUUAUAACAAUUAUAAAUAAACCUGUUAAAAUUUUCUGGACAA